GUGCCGCUUACCGUUGGUACACAUUUUUAUUUUUGUUGUGACAUAGUAGCUCAUGCCUACACCCUGGCACAUUACGCAGAUGAGCUUUUUCAGGAUUUAAAUGUUAAACGUUUUCAAAAACGUUGGCAUUUUCAGGCUAAACAGCACACUUGUCAUAUAAACAAACAUUCACAACAUUUGUAUCAGUUUUCAGUUGAAAACAUGCAUUCAUUCAUUUUCAACUAUUUAGUUUCAUGGGUGAAGCGGAACUUUUCUCAGCUCUGGGCAAAAGGCCCUGGACUGAUUGCUAGUCAAUUGCAGGGUAUAGAGCAACCAUUCACACAAUGGACAAUAUAGACACUCUCAGUUACCCUAACAUACUGUACUUUAUGUUUUUGGAGUGGUGAAGGAAACAAGAGGAAGCACAGAGCACGUAAAGUCCACACGGAAAAGUCAGAGCUGAGAUUAAACCCAGAGUAUGUGGGUUCCUGAAGCCCCAGUGCUCAUUAGCUCCUCCGAUGCAGCGAGCCCGAUCAAAUGAGGCCUGUUCCUGUUUCAGUGGCAUGUGUUCCCUCCAUCACCAUCACCGUCGCCUAUCCUCAGACUCAUCAGGUCAAAUGGGCUCUUCACCCCUGGGCUCACCCAACUCCCAUCGAGGAAUGCACCCAUCUUUGCUCAGUCCGACGGCCAUGGGGCCCUCUGGGUCACUUCACUCUCCCAUCAGCACGUUGAGCUCGCCCAUGAACGGGCUGGCCUCGCCUUUCUCUGUCAUCAGCUCGCCCAUGGGCCCGCACUCCAUGACCUCGCCCGGCAUGGGCUACGGUCCCAGUGUCAGCCCCCAGAUGUUCCAGCUGAACUCGCCGAUGAACUCGGUCAGUAGCACAGAGGACAUUAAGCCCCCGCUGGGCAUCAAUGGCGUGAUGAAAGUACCCGCUCAGCCCUCUGGCACGGCGCUGUCGCUCACCAAACACAUCUGUGCCAUCUGUGGGGACCGCUCCUCAGGUAAACACUAUGGUGUAUACAGCUGUGAGGGCUGCAAAGGUUUCUUCAAAAGGACAGUGCGCAAAGACCUCACCUAUACAUGUCGUGACAGCAAGGACUGCGUGAUUGACAAACGCCAGAGGAAUCGGUGCCAAUACUGCCGCUACCAAAAGUGUUUAGCCAUGGGCAUGAAGAGAGAAGGAUGGACGUGCGGUUUUUCAUCCCUUAGCCACACCGUUCAGGAGGAACGCCAGCGAGCCAAGGAAAGGAAUGAGAAUGAGGUGGAGUCGACCAGCUGUGCCAAUGAGGACAUGCCCGUGGAGAAGAUUCUGGAAGCCGAGCAGGCAGUGGAACCCAAAACCGAAACCUACAUCGACACCAACCUUGGAGUUCCAUCCAGUUCGCCCAACGACCCGGUGACAAACAUCUGUCAGGCUGCUGACAAACAGCUCUUUACGUUGGUUGAGUGGGCCAAGAGGAUUCCCCACUUCUCUGAGCUGCCACUGGACGACCAGGUCAUCCUUCUACGAGCAGGUUGGAAUGAACUCCUCAUUGCGUCAUUUUCGCACCGUUCGAUAGCCGUUAAAGACGGGAUUCUGUUGGCCACCGGGCUGCACGUCCACCGCAACAGCGCCCAUAGUGCCGGAGUGGGAGCCAUCUUUGACAGAGUGCUCACUGAGCUGGUGUCUAAGAUGCGGGAUAUGCAGAUGGAUAAGACAGAACUAGGGUGCCUUCGAGCUAUCGUCCUUUUCAACCCAGACUCCAAAGGUUUGUCAAACCCAAGUGAGGUAGAGGCUCUGAGAGAGAAAGUCUACGCGUCUUUAGAGGCCUACUGCAAACACAAGUACCCGGAGCAGCCUGGCAGAUUUGCCAAGCUGCUGCUGAGGUUACCGGCACUGCGCUCCAUCGGCCUCAAGUGUCUGGAGCACUUGUUCUUCUUCAAGCUCAUAGGCGACACGCCCAUCGACACCUUCCUCAUGGAAAUGCUAGAAGCUCCGCAUCAAAUGACAUAAUAGCAGAGAGGAUGGGGCCUUCAUCUGCCUCCUCUUUAUUUCCCAGCAGCCCUUUGGUCAAAAGCAGCAGGGUCCUUUUUUCAAAUGUUCCAACUCCACCGAGAGACAGAUCCUGCGAUGAUGAACAUUUUCCCUCUUCACCGUCAAACACUACAUGCGACCGGCCACUGGCAUUCCAAUAUAUAUAUAUAUAUCACAACAACGUGUUGGAGAAAAGACAGAAGCAAUGUACUGAGCCUUCAUUAGCAUUUUCUCAGCAUCCUCAUAGUCAACACUUGCAGGGUGUACGCAAACGUGGUGUGGACGUCAUGUUGAGACCCUCAGCCUCGUGAGCAGGACAAUCUUGCAGAUACAUGGACUAUCCGGGCCUCUUGGGUUUCAUCAAGACUGAUUCAAAACAAACUCGAGGUCCUUGCCUGACUGGACUCAACACGUCUUGCACUAGUUGUUGUUUUCUUUGGGGGGGGGGAGGGUCGGCUUUCUGGGAUCUCCAACUUAACAGGUGUGCUACAAAGACUGCAAGCGAUGAACCUCAGGUGUCUGGCCCAGUUCCAAACAAAUCCAACCAUGUCUUACUGUAUCAACACUGUGCAACAACAUCGGCCUAAUCAGGAAAAUGUUGUGAUCCACCUCGAGAUGCUGACGGGGGGGUGGCGGAGCGGGGUUGUUUGAUAUGUAUGUACAAUCUGCACAGUCCUUUGUGCACACAGGAAGAAGCCAGGCAGUUGUCAGUUGACACUACAUGCGACCGGCCACUGGCAUUCCAACAUUCUGCCUUUUUCGUUGAAUCUUUGCAGCAGAUAAAAGUAUGGAGUGUGAAUUUUGAAUGCCACGUUUGAGGUAGCGAUGUCACCUUUUUGCUCAUUUCACCAGUCGCCCCCCACGCCGCCCUUUCUCGCCAAUCACCCCGCCUCUCAUUGAUGUGAAUUCUGACCUCCAUCUCUCAGCCGCUCAACACUGCAGGUGUUAGCUUCUCGAGAUCACCUCAUCUCUUUCUUCACAGGAAGUUACAACCAUAAACAGUAUUUACAUGUUUUUUUUUUGUUUUGUUUUGUUUUGUCUUCGUUCCAUUUCAGAGCAGCACUGCACUAUUACCUCAGUUUGUUCACCCUCCUCAUCCGGGCUUGCCCCAUUAACAGUAUAUAUAGAAAGAGAAGCGCUUGUCAUUGCAGCAGAGCGGCUGUUUGUUUAUUUGUUACUUUGCACUUAACCUCAUGACAGAGCUGACGUCAACAUAAUUGACCUCCGAGGUGGGAGUUUGGCCCCUGGCCUAAUCAGGAUGGCCCCACUUGUUUCCCUCCCCAGUGGGACAAACACUUGCUGUGUGUGCACCAUUCCUUCACAAUGAAAUAUGAAAUCGUUUCGACAAAUACACUUAUAUUCUGCUGUUCCUUCCUGAAGCGGGUGCAUUCACUUGUCCGCCGUGCACACCGUUCGGGUUGACAGAAACUAAUUUUGUCAUUCUCACUUCAUGCAGAUAUUUGACAUGUUGCUCUCCUCACCUCUUGAAUCAUCAUUGGCUUUACAUAGGAAGCAAACGGCUUUUUUUUUUGGGUGGGGGGGCGCGGGGUCUUCAAUUAUGUAUAUACAGUAUAUAUAGAUUAUGGAACAGCGGAGUCAAUGGGGACAUGUUGAUUAACUAUAUGAGAGGAAAAAAUAACACUAGAAAGAUGAGAAUUUCAUGAUUUUUCUUUUGAUCUGCAUGUUCUUUCUUUCAUUAGCACUUUGAUGCAGUCAGGACCUGAGCACUGUCUUUUAUUAAUACGAAGGAGAUGUGACAGAGUCUGGGCUGUGCCACUUGUCAGUUUAUUUACAAUCCCAUUAUUAUUUUUACACCGUUUUAUUGCUUUUUAAAAAGGAUAUUUUAAAGACAUUCACAUUCUGACCUUCAGUUUAAUUAAUUCCUAGUUCAUCACACUGGCUCUACUUGAUAACAUUUUUUAAUAAGGAGCAAUUGGGCCGGACUGAAAAGAUUUUGUUUUUUUAAUUCAUGAUCGUACAACAGUAUGGUUGUAAUUAUACAAGAAUAAUUUGUAUGACCAGAAUUUAAGUCAUUUUAAGGAGAACAAAGUCAUAUUACCUGCAUAGAUGCAUCAAUUACACAAGGAUGAAAUUAACUUUUAUUGUGGGAUUGGGUGUUCGUCUUCUUAACUAAUAAUAAUAAUAUAAUGGAUCUGUUCCUAACCUCAUGACUUUGCCAAAGUCAUACAUUUGGACAUUCUCACAAUAUGGCCAUUUUUUACAGUGACCAAAUUGUUUGUUACAUUGUGAUUUUAUUGGAGUAAAAUUACUUGUUUUACAUAACGUUAGGACUCGGUUCUCUCACUAAAACGACGUUAUUCCACAGGAGGUUAAAACACCAGUUAGAACUAACGAUGAGCUAGCCAUACAUUUUCAAUAGCGCUUGUUCUCAACUAGGGUCAAGGGUUACACCCAAUUACAGCCAAUUGCAGGGCCUGAACCAAUAUGACUUUUCUCAUAACAUUACAACAAUUCUUGAGAUUUUCUUUCUAGUAUGGCCCAAAUGCUCCUGAGUAAAAGUUCACCAAGUUAACAGUCUCCAGUGGCACCCUGACGACUCUGCUACUCUCUGACUUAGACACCAAUGACAUCAAAUUGAGGUUAGGUUAGGUUGGAGACGUUGUUGAGACACGUGUGAAUAAUUCUCUUCUGAUUCGGGUCCACUUUCACAGAAGGCCUUCGGCAGGGGGGAAGUGGCAGGGUGGUAAAUCUGGAGGUCUUAUUUCACCCCUUAAAAAAAGAAAAAAAGAAACCUUCAAAUCAGUCCCAAGGCAAAGAGCGUGGAAAGAAACAAGGGAUGAGCUUCUUGCCCACUCUAGUGGAGGAGAAUCUGCACUGCAACACCAUGAGGUUUUAUGAGAUCAUUUUUUGAUUUUUUUUCUCUCUCUCUGCAUGUACUUCAUCUUGACAGAGGCGGCACUUUCACGCAGGGUUUAUGUAGCACAGUCUCUGUGCUUUGUAUUGCCAAAAAGAGAGCGAGAUAGAAAAAGAGCAAUAACUAUUCAUGACUUAUUGGCGUGUCUCAGCAAGCAAGGUGGGCUGUAUUAUUAAUAUGAAUUAUCCAGGUGACAGUAUUGACUGCCAGUGUGAGCUCAGUUUACAGUACAGUAUUUAUAUAUUAAAUAUAUACAUACAAAAAUGGAUGAUUUGUCUGUUUAAAAAAAAAAAUCAACUUUUUUUGAGGCGUGUUGCAGCUUUCUUUGUCAUAAUUUUUAGCCACUAGUUUCCCCAAAAUAAUAAUAAAAAAACAAUGUCUGCUCUUUGAAGACUGAUCUGUGACAGGUCUUUUAAGCCAUAAAAUGUGGAUGAUGUGUAAGCUCGGUCCCAACUCCAACAAGAAAAAAAAAAAAAAAAACAUGACAUAAAAUAAAAUAACCCUUCAUAAAUGCUUCAUAAUGUAAAAGCUAUAUUUUGUUAAUAUGUAUAUGUGUAUAUAUUUAUAAAUAUAUCAGCAGAUCUGUACCUUGAGUAUUUCCAGCAUUGAAAGAGGGAGAGGAGUCUUUCAGACCAAAAUGAUUCCAUGCCAGUUUUCUGGUGAUUUUACAUGAUUAUCAAGAAGGGUAAUUUUAUGCAUUGCAGGCUACCCCCAAGGAAAAACUAACCAGCAGAAUCCCAGUAGCCCAAAAUUUGUACAUUAACAACAACAAGCUCCUCAGCAGACUAAUGGAGCCUCAAAAAAAAAAAAUAAUAAAUCUGAAUAUAGAAAAGAAGACGGUUAAGGUUUAAGGACAUCAACCCCCCUCAAAAUGUAUGUUUUGCUUGGCAAUUGUAUGUUCGAAAAUGUAAUUCAGGAAAAAAAUAUAUAUAUGCUGAGCUUGUGACACAAUCACUCCUUUUGUUUGGUGCAGAAAGAAAACUAUUCAAGAAAAUUGAAAAGUUUAAAAAAAAAAAAAAUCUAUUUUUGUACAAAAGUAAAUUUUAUCUCUUGCUUAUGUACUAGUUUUUGUCCCGUUCUUCUUGUGGACUGAUGUUUACGCGGACAAUAAUGUUGAGGAGGAGUCGGCACCUUGCUAAUAAACUAUGGCUUUUACUUUGCUGUGUUCGACCUGUCGCCGCCAAGUGGCAAAACUAUACCCUGUCAUACUUUUGUGUCGACUUUUAGGAGAUGGAAUUUUUGUCAUCUGUUCCUUGUGUGUUGUCCACUGAUGUUUCAUGGACAGAGAAAAAAAAUGAAUUAAAAAAAAACAUCAAAGUGAA